UUAGAAGAAAUUAAGAAGAAGAACAAUACCAAGAAUACAACUCACCUUCUAGGUCUGUGUAUAUCUUAUUGAGCCGAAUUUGAGAAGAUUGUUUUGUUCGAUAGGAAUGGAGGACCAGGAUAUCGAGAUCCCUCAGUACUUCCUGUGCCCGAUCUCCCUCCAGAUCAUGAAGGACCCGGUCACCACCCUGACGGGGAUCACGUACGAUCGCGACUGCAUCGAGAACUGGCUGGCCAAGUCCACCAAGAGCACCGCGACGUGCCCUGUCACGAAGCAGCCCUUGCCUAAGGAUUCCGGCUUGACCCCCAACCACACGCUGCUCCGUCUCAUCCAGGCAUGGUGUGUCACGAAUGAGAAGAAUGGCGUUGAUCGGAUCCCGACGCCGAAGAUGCAGCUCGACGUGGCUCGAGUCCUCAGGAUAGUGCGGGACCUCAAGGCUGACCACUUGUGCCUGAGGACACUGAAGAUGCUCGAUGAGCUGUGGUCGGAGAACGAGCGCAACUGGGCGUGCAUGGCCGAAGCCGGCGUGGCAGAGGCGAUGGUUCCUUUGAUAAUAAAGUUUACCCGGGAGCAGAGAAUGGACGGCCUCAAAGAAUCCUUGAGAAUCCUUAACCAAACCUGGAGCUCGAGCCGGCCGGAACUCAACCUACUCGUUCAGGAGAACUACGACCUCGUCGAUGCAUUGUCAUGGAUUCUUCAACUCGACAUGGGGACAGACGAUACUGUCCCUGUUAAGGCAAAUGCAGCGACGAUCCUGAAACGCAUAAUGGAAGUAGCGAGAGUGACGCUGCUGGAGCGGCUUAAGCUUGAAACCUUCAAGAACAUACUGAAAGCCAUGAGAGAGAUUAGGACCUCUCAACCGGGCAUCAAAUCCAUCUUACAAGUCCUCAUAGAAGCGUGCCCGUGGGCAAGGAACAGAUCGAAAAUCCUUGAGGCAGGUGCAGUCUUCGAGCUAAUCGAGCUCGAGCUCGAGAAGCCCGAGAAGAGGGUCUCUGAGCUCACCUUCAACCUGCUCGCGCAGUUGUGUUCGUGCCCGGAUGGGAGGACCCAGUUCCUCCAGCAUGCCGGGGGGAUCGCCAUGCUGGCUAAAAGGACUCUCAGGGUCUCUCCAGUUGUAGAUGACCGGGCAGUUUAUAUCCUCACGAUGAUCUCACUGUAUGCAACAAACAACGUUUUACGAGAGAUGCUGCGGGUCGGGGCUGUGUCAAAGUUGUGCAUGGUCCUGCAGGCGGAUUGCACCAGCCAUUUGAAGAGCAAGGCGAGAUCGAUAUUAAGGAUGCACUCGAACGUGUGGAACAAUUCUCCUUGUAUUACAGUUUAUCUCUUAACUAGGCACGCUGCUAGGUAGCAUUCUAGGACUAACCAAUAUUAAUCACACGUUGACUGUUCAUAUAUAAAUGUGUACUUAACUUUCUCUUUGUCGUAA